GACGCAUGAGAGUCGACAGCGGGUGAUCGUGAUCACCUGAGGGCCCCAGCAGUUUUCGGCGAGGCGUAUCGCGAGAUGGCGGACAAUGGUAUAGACAAUCCGGCGUUCGCGAACGAGGACGAUAGCGCGUGCAAAUCGAACCAGAGCGAUGACCAGCAAGUGACCUUGGACCACGAUCGCAAGACGGAAGACGGCCCCGUGGAGAACGGGCAUCAUCGGACGCAGUUCGCGUCGCAGCAACACGCGGAGGCCGGAAACACCAGCCCCGAUCCGCACUACAGAACCGAGACGAAGAUCGAGCUGCCUGACAGCAACGACAAGACCGUCGCCGAGCCGAAAAUGAACGGCGUUCACGGGAACGGCAACAACAACGACGCCAGUUUCUUGAACAACAGCGCGACCAGCGUGCAGAUUAAUGACAAUGGGAAAAAAGAGCAGAUCGAGGCAGUGAACCUGGAGCUGGUCUCGAUGAGGCCUUACGCUGGCAACAAUCUCCAGACGAAGGGUCAAGAGGCAUGCGAGGUUCCAGCUGAUCCCUAUGAGGAGUACUUCGUUCCGGUGAACGAGCAUCGAAAGUACAUCAGGGGCGAGAAACUUUAUGUAACGAAGGACAAGAGAUCGAGGAGCUCGUACUGGAGAAGGAUGGCUUGCUGGGGAUGUGGAUUGUCGAUCCUAGUGAUUGCUGUCAUCAUUGCCAUUUUGGCCGGAACUGGAGUAAUCUUAACGCAAGAGGCAUCUGAACCUCUGGAAAAUCUUCAACAAACCAAUUCCCGGCAAUUCAGCGACGUGCGAACCGCAGGUAGUCAAGAAUAUAUGAAAAACCCUCCAUCGAGUCCACCACCUGCAAUAUCAAGCUCCCCACCCUGGCCAACAACCGACGAAACCAUCUACGACAACGUGCCAAGCGCCUUGGAUGGUGUGUUAAAACUAGACGAUUUGCACUGGAACGACGAACUCGGCGAUCCUAAGUCGAGGGUGUACAGAGAAGUUAGCUCGGAGAUAGAGGAACAUUUAAAGAAUAUAUUGCAACAGCCGGCGGACAACGAUACAGUCGUCAAGGUGUACGACAUAAACAGGGACGGUGAAGUGAGGUUUAGGAUAAGCUAUCCACCACGUUCGAUGCCCGAAGAAAUGCAGCAGAUGAUCGAAGCAACGCUGCAGAAAAGUGGCAACACGGUUGGACAGUAUCAUCUGAGUAGUUUAAGAGUGAACAAAUUGGUUGAUGAGUGUCGGAGUGGAAAUCUUGGGUGUGCGGAAAAGUGUACGUACGAUUAUUCGAAAGGUCUGUUCAUUUGCUCUUGUGGAGCUGGAAAGAUGUUGGACAGUGACGAGAAGAGUUGUAUCGACGAGAAUGAUUUGAGCAACGUCGAAAUGGAUGACGAAGUAUCAGUGUCUAAUACGGAUUAUGUCCAGGGAAGGAGUAGAGGACCUGGUACGAUAUUCGAACCUAGGAGACCUGAUAAUUGGGAUCAUUUGGACUUCAGUACGGAAGCAACGCACGAUGGACAUGUUUCACCACAAGUUGACGAACACGAGUUGCACGUGCGUCCACAUGAUUCGUUGCCGGAAAUGAAACCUACACAGACGACUACGAUGGAACAGAAUCGUGAGUUCAAUGGGGAAUCUGAUUCAAGACAUUGGAUGCAUCAUUCGGAGCAUAAUUACUCAAUUCAUGAUCAUUCGUCACAUGAUCACUUAACUCAUGAUCAUUCGUCACAUGAUCACUCCACUCAUGACCAUUCAACACACGAUCGUUCGAAUCAUGAUCAUUCAACACAUGAUCAUUCGACGUAUGAUCAUUCAGAGCAUGAUUAUUCGAUGCACGAUUAUUUAGAUCAUUACACUACCGAAUCAAAAGAUAAAUCUGAAUCUUUUGCGGGACCAGAACCAUCUGUUGAGCCUGAACCAUCUGCUGAACCUAAACCUUCUGCGGAACCAGAACCAUCUGCUGAACUUGAACCUUCUGCUGAACCCGAACCUUCUGCUGAACCUGAACCUUCUGCGGAACCCGAACCUUCUGCGGAACCCGAACCUUCUGCGGAACCAGAGCCAUCUGCUGAGCCUGAACCUUCCGCAGAACCAGUGUCUUCUAUUGAAUCUGAAUCUUCUGCUAAGUUAGAACCUGCUACUGACUCAGAAUCAUCUGUCGAGUCAAAACCUAUUACUGAAGUAGAAUCUUCUGUUGAACCAGAAUCUUCGGCUGAAUCCAAGCCUUUUGCUGAACUGGAACCUUCAGCUGAACCAAAAUCUCCGACUGAAUUAGGACUGAAUAAUGCCGAAUCUUCCACAGAAACUAUGACUAGUACUGAGCCAGUUGCUUCUGCUGAACCACAGCCUACCGAAUCAGAUGAACCGAAAACCACCGCUGAACCCGAGCCAUCAAAUGAACCUGCUUCAGUUACUGAACCAAACCCCAGCGGUGACUUUGAAUCUUCACUGAAAUCGACAUUAGUACCCGGGGAAAUAGAAACUGCUACAGAACGUGAAUUACCAACUUCAUCAGUCAGAGAACUCGAAUUUUCCACUGAUGAAAAGCCCCCUCAAAAUACGCCUGCUAUCAUUGAGCAUCCUACCGAAGCGCAAAACACAAUGAUGCCAAAGGAUUCAGCAGAAGAAGCUCUAGAAGCUCUCGAAGAUUCUACAGAAGCCAUGACUAUGAAUAAAAUAUCUGAGGGUACAGUUACCGAAUUAUCUGCCACUGAAUUACCCAGCGUUAUAAAAGAAACAGAUUCCUCAGUGAAUUCCUUUGCAACUAAUGUUCCUACAGAUAAAAAAUCAGAAACCACAACACCAAUGAUUCUCGAAGAAACCACGUUGCUGAACAAUGAAAAACUUCCAGACGAUGUAGCCUUGCCAGUGAUACCGUUGAUGUCUGAUACUGAAGAUGCUGUAAUGACAAGUCAUUCGUCUUCCGAAGAUCUUUCAGAAUCAACAAUUGGCACAACGAUGAUGGAAAAUGAUAACGAAGACAAAACGACAACGAUGAGUUCUAACGAAACGCCAAAAGUUGAACAAGUUACUGAGAGCAACAUGGCACAGGAUGAAGCAGUUAAAACUACUACAAUGAACAUAAAUAACGAGGAGUUUGGAAUCAUGAACUCUUCAUCAGAAUCUAACUCUACCUCUCUGUCUAGCACCCAAUCUUCAAUUUCUGAUGAAUCCACUGUGAUCCCUGAAACGACUACUCUUGUAGCAGAUACUAAAUCAGAACACACUACUGAAAUGAAUACUGUUGUAGAAAAUAAUACAGAAGCAAGCAACGAAGAAUCUAAAUCACAGAAUGUCCCAAGUUCUGUAUUAUCUGACGACUCUUCAAUUGUGCAGCCAGAGUCACGCGUGCACGAGACCAACGAGACCAACGUUAUCGAGCACAUGCCAACCACUGUUUUCCCCAAAUUACCAAAGAAUUUCGGUCACAACGUCGAACCGUUGAUAGAGCCUCUUAAAAACAAUACAGAAGAGGAGCAUAUUAUGCUGAUAUCAAAACCUGAAGACAUGUCAGAAGUGUAUGAUCCACAUGCAAUUAUUCCUCAAUUAAUUCCCGAACAAAGGGUUCAGUCGUCCAAUGUAUCAGCGACCGGUGUUCCUGAAGGUUUAGCCGUAGAAAGUAAAGUUCGAUCUUCCACGGAAGUAGUUCAAACAGUUUUGCAUCGUUCGACGAUCCAUCCGGAAGAGAACGUAGUUUCUGCAGGCGAUUCCGUCCGCUCCGAAGACAAUUUAGAUCAUUCGACCAACCAUCCAUUGCAUCCGGCAGUAUUUCCUGAGAAUUCGGUGGAACACGCUACGGAGAAGUUCGACUCAACUUAUGACAAACACGCAGACGACAUGUCUCCCUUCUUGCCGGACAUUCAAAAGGAAAAGGAAGUGAAGAAAGCUCCCAGAUUGGACAAAGACGAGCAGGAUGCGCCGAAUCCUUUCGAAGGGCACGUUGAAGAUGUCGUUACUUAUAAAUCCCCGGUAGAAGUGUCUUCCAAGAAGCCAAAUGCGAACGAGACUGACUCGAAAGAUUCUCUGAACGAUGUGAAAAACUCCGGUGAUAAAGAAGAGGAAAAGAAUGAAGUUGGUCGUGGAUUUAAGAAUGAUGGGCUGGAGGUUGUUGAAGUUAAUAGUACAGAGACUGGGAUUCACAAUGGACUGCAUAACUAUGAUAUGAGUAGGGAUAUUGUUAAGAAUGUUGCACAGGAUAUUGCAAACGAAAAGGAAAAUAGAGAAAGUUCCGAGGAAGACGAAGAGGCGUUGAAAGUGGUUCCAUUGGAAGAACAAUUUAAAAAAACCGAAACUACUGUGAAUAAUGCGGAUAAGAAUAAAUCAGAAACGACAACAGAGUCUGACGCAGUUAGCACAACUCCGACGAAAGGAGACGAAAAACAAUCGGAAGAUUCUAUGAACAAUGUUACUACUUCGGAGAAAGCCGAAGAAAACGCUGUGCAAGAUCACUAUAAUGAUAUAACCGAUGACACUUUGCCCAAGGGAUAUCAGCAGGAUGAUUCAGAGAUACGAAAGAAAAUCAAGGAUGUAUCGAAAAAGUUCAUAGAUAAAGGUGAGAAAUUGUUCAAGAUAAUUGAUAAAAUGAAUGCCACGGCGAAUGACACUGAAGAUACAAUGACCACAAUCGCAAGCGUCGUGGACAAGCAUGCAGAGGAUGCGAAAUUAACCACGCAAAUACCGGUAUUACCAUUGGAGAUACAGCAAGAAAUGUCCACGACUGAGAAAAUCGAAAGUACGACUGUAACUGAGGAGAAUCUUCGGAAAGACAAUAACACAGACGGUCAGAAUAGUGCUCGUGUUAGUACAGAUGAUACCACGACAGUUCAAAUACCGACGACUCACACGAUGUUAAUGGAGACGAAGACCACUGCUCAGGUGCCAAUACUGCCAGAAGAACUGCAAACUACUGAAAGUGAUGUGUUACUGACCACCUCCACAGUGAAACCAGAUGCUGAAGUGAAAAAUAGCAAUUCCGAGAAUGUACGUUCUGACGAGCAGAAAGUUUCUCCGAGCACUACUGUCGAUGGCGUGAAUAAUAAUUCAACCGAAGACUUGUUAACUAACGCAGGACAACAAGUAAACAUACAGAAUAAAACUAUCGACGAUUUGGUGACUAGUGCAGUUGAACAUGUAGGUAACAAAAGUAUUGAUAACACUUGGCUACGACCAAAUGUUUCAGUGCUGGACAAUGCAAACGAGAAAAACGUCACUAGAAUGAAAAUCGAAGGAAACGAGAUGCAAAGAAACGUAACAGAGAGUUCGACGCCUGAAGCUGUUCCUUCAAUUUCCAAUGAAACUGUGACUACAACAGAAUCACAUAAACAGAUGUCUGAGAGUUCCAGCACUACAGAAGACAUUAGACCAGUUACUGAAAUAUUAGAAGAUGAUCCUGAGCCUAUAGGAUUCGAUUACAGAACGCAUCUUGUCAGCACUACACCUAAGACUGUGCUGUCUGACUUAGAUGUAGGAGAAUUAUCAGAAGAGGACUUAAAAGUGAUCCCAUUGGAGAAGAGUUUAGAAGUGAAAAAGAAAUCAGUAGACAAGAAGAUCAUUGACAAGUACAGGUAUAAGAAGGAGAAGGAAUUGAGCUUAGAAGAUGAGGAUGAGAAUACAGUAACAGAGAUUCCAGAACCGGCUACGGUCUCCACUGAAAUACCACAGAUGGUUACUGAAAACGAUAACGUUCAAGACGAAAACCAGAAUGAAACAAAUAUAAACAUCAAUGUGGAAGGAAAUUCUGCCCCUGUUUCACGGCUGAAAAUCAUCGAAACGACCACCGGGUCGAACCAAACAAAAGUUCAAACCUCCGAGACCUCUUCCAACGAAAAAGAGAGUCUUAAUGACAAAAUCAGCAUAACGGUUCCAGACAGUUCGAAGAAAUAUCCUAGCUUCAUACCAGUUUCAGAAAAGAUCAUAGAACCAGAACCUGUCACAGAACCCUUCAUCGUUCUUCGAAACUACCAUCUCCAUCAGCCAGGCGUCGAUUUUACGACAGAAAAGCCAAUGGUUAGCGUACAGCCACGCAACGAAGGUCAUAUAGAAAUGGAACCGGGACAAGUGAUUGAACUAGAUGGAAAAUUGAAUCAGACAGGCUUACAGCCUUCGGUGUUUCCUUUCAUUCAAUCGUCCAUAGCCUCGAUUGCGCAGGAAGCAAAUCACGUUGAGAAACAGAGCACUGAUACGACUGUUCCACCGUCCACGCAAACUAAAUUACCGAACGCGGUGGUGGAGAGCACCAGCCAUAUCGAUGUUUCUUUCCUCGAUCUGCCUCCAAAUAGUAUUUUCUCGAAAUGUACAGCUGGCCAGUUCCAGUGUGUUAAUGGAACGUCCAGGGACGGUGCAUACUGCGUAAGGCUAUCGGCGAAAUGCGACUCCGAAAAUGAUUGUUCGGACGGUUCGGACGAAUUGAAUUGCGAAGAGGAAGGUUGUCCAGGAAAUUUCCAAUGUUCCAGCGGUCAGUGUCUAAAGCGGGACCUGGUGUGCAAUAAAAUCGUCGACUGUGACGAUGGAAGCGAUGAAAAGAAUUGCGAGGAAUGGAGGUGUCAGUUCGAUGAAUUUAAAUGUCCCAGUGGAAGGUGUAUUCCGGGCAUCUGGCAAUGUGACAGUCGUCCAGACUGCGAAGAUCACCGAGACGAGUACAACUGUGCCGAAAGUUGUGGAAACGACGAAUACCUUUGUCCAACGGAGAAAUGGUGCAUACCGUUAACGUGGCAUUGCAAUGGAAUCAACGAAUGUGCCAAUGGGGAAGACGAAAAAUUAUGCGACUGUGGUCUUGAUCAAUUCAAGUGUCAAACAGGCGGAUGCAUACCGAAAAAUCAGGUAUGCGAUGGAAUAGAACAUUGUCCUGAUCAUUCUGACGAAUGGGGCUGUUUAAUGGCGAACGUGACUAUGGACAAGACAUCGUUGGAUGGACAGGAAGAUGACAUUGAAAAUAGUGGUGUUCAAAGAUUUGGAGAAAGUUCCUUGUUAAAAAUAAGACAAUACAACGGCGAGUAUCGUCUUGUGUGCUCCGACGGAUGGAGUGAAGAAUUUAGCAACUCUUAUUGCCAGUCUCUAGGAUUCGCUGGUUCUGAGAGCACAGAAUUCCAGAGAUGGAACAAAACCCAGAAGAUACUCAGAUUAAAGUCAAAUCCGAGUCACCGUGCACCGUUGGUGACGAAUUUGGAACAAAAGGAGCUCUGUGUCUCCGAGAAGGUCGUGCAAGUCUCUUGCCAAGAAUUUUCUUGCGGUUCUGACUAUGGCGAAGGACCAACUGCCAGAUUGGUUGGUGGAACUCCAGCCAGCGAAGGACAAUGGUCCAGCGUGGCUUUGCUAAAGGAACCUAAACACGGUGCUGCUUGCACGGCGAGUAUAUUGGGACCUAUGCACGUGCUUGCUAGUUAUUCCUGUACUCAUAGAUAUAAGCAAAGCAAUGGAUGGCAGCUUUUUACCGGUGAAAACUUAUUAAAAGCACAUCCCGUGAAGAACAUCAUUCCCUAUCCACAAGUGAAAUAUAAUCAAUUUUUAUACAACAAUGACAUCGUGUUGGUGGAGCUCGAGAAGCCUUUGACUUUCUCAAGGAAUGUUAGCGCAGUCUGUCUUCCGAAACACCCUAUUCAGCCAAGACAAAUAUGCGUCAUGGCAGGAUGGGGAUUCUCUGUGAAUGGCGAAGUAGACUUACAAAAAUAUUUGAAUUUCCUACCAUUGCCAACGUUGGAUUCUGAGAAGUGUAAUGCAACCAGUCAUUACGCAGGAUUUAUUACAAAGGAUAAUAUAUGUGCUGGAUUCACCGAUACGAAUAAGGGACCUUGCUACAACGACGAAGGAGCACCUCUAAUGUGUGGAACCGGAGGAGGAUCGGUCAGAUGGGAAAUUCAAGGACUGCUCAGUCAUCACAGCAGAUGCUCGAGAGGUCAUCCGGCAAUUUAUUCUAGCGUGGAACCAGCGUUAUCUUGGUUACGAAACUCCGUGCCCGCUUUGCAAACGCAAAGUUAAAGUGCUAAUAAACGUGGUUCCGUUCUUUUCACGAGGAUACGCGAGAAUUAGAUGAAUUUUAACUCGAUUUAAUAUUCGAAUCGACCACAACGAUAUACCGGAACGAACGAAGAAACGAAAUAACAAAAAUUUUCACCGGAAGGGAACUGUCAGAUUGAACGUUGAAGUUCCUGUUGAAAUUCAUAAGACAUGAAAACUACGUACUUAAUUUAUAUUCGUCUGUAUCUUUCAAACGAUAUGUUCCUAUUUAAAUGCAAAGAACGUGUUUGACGGAUAAUAACGCGAUCGCGGCCAUAAUUCGUUCUGCAUGAUGAAAAUAUAUUUCGAAUCGUAAACAAGUUUUUUCCCUCCUGUCUCUAUGCCAACGAUGCCAAUUAAUGGAUAUUGCAAUACUGAUGAGUUUUUGCGCUCGUAAAAAAUAAUGACGCAGAUACAUAUACAUAAUUGGCGAUACACGAUAUUUACAAUUAAGAAGUUUGUAAAUACUGUAUAAAGCGACUGUUUAAUAUGCUUAACAUUGUAAGAGAUUUUUUUUUUUUACAAGUUUAGCGAAUUAGGUCUCUUAAGAAUAUUCUAUGAGUAUGAAAAGACGUGAAAUGUUUAACACACUCGUUUACUCUGCUGAAUACCCGACAGGUUUCAUGUGACAACUAUGCUGACAUACACUUUACAGUCUACUAUGUCAGAGAAAUAUUAAUAAAGGGUGUAGUGUUACUGAUUAGUAACUGAUUAGUAUUGUCCGCAUGAAUCGUUUAAAUUCAUUUUCUAUCUGAGCAAACUAACUAAAGCAAUAUGAAAAUAUUUAUUGGAAAGGAGAGACCAUCAAAUAGAUACACCCAAUUAUUCAAUCAACAGUUUGUCUCAGAGAUCCUAUAAAAGGAUUCCUGAAAUGAAUGAUAAAGUAGAUUUUAAGAUAUAGAUAGGAUAAAUGUAUAUAAUAUAUAAGUAUUUUAAUGAAAUACAUUGUUACGAAAAGACACAAUAAUAAAAUCUGUUUAUGUAUGCAUAGUCACUGAUGAAUGCGUAAGUAUUUUUAUACGCUAAGAUAAAAAAUAAAUGUAUUUUAAAUGAAUACAAAGUUGUUUCAUUUUAAAUAUAAAUAACUUUAUUCAUGAAGUAAUAAAUAAUUAUUUUUUUGUAAAUAUGUUAUUUGUAUGUUAUACAAUAAAUCCUUAAUCUAAUUGUUUUUUCGGUAUUGCUGCAAUUUCAACUGCUGUCACAACGGCAUCUAUAGUGAUUAAUGAUUUAGAGAUACUAGUUAUCACUUCAUUGUAUUUGGAAAAAACUUCAUUUAUACGGCUGUUUAAUGCUUGAGAAUCCUCAUAUAACUUAAGAUAUGAUAGAUUCAGAUCAUUGAGUUUAUUUAUCAAUUCUGGAACAUUUUUUAAGUGAUCAGUUUCUAAGGCAGGCAUUAGUUCUUGCAUCUGUUUCAACAAUUCGUGAUUCUGCUUAAUUUCUGGUGCCAUUGCUAGUAACAAUUGAACUUUAGCCUCUAUAGGUAUUUCCGAACUUUCAAUCAUUGGAUCUAGAUAAUUAUUUAAUUCUGGUAAUCGUUUUAUCAUUAGAUUUGCUUUCUCUCGUCCUGACAUUGCAGAUGAGAUUAGCGUAUUUACAUGUAAAAUAUUAUCAACUAUAGGAUUCUCUAAUGAAGUAUCAUUAGUUUCAUCUUUCUUUGCAAGUCCAUAUAUUUGCUUUUCCAAUUCAGCAAUCCUAUUCUCAAGCAAUUCAAUCGUCGCCAUUCUAACUGUAAAAUUUAAAAAUUUAAGAACUCCGAAAAUAUAAUCUCAACUUUUUAUAUAACAAACUUGUAUAAAUAACAAUUCACAUGUAUGAAUUAAGACACAAAUUUUGACAGACGAAAUUAGGUUAUAGUACGCGACUAGUAGAUCUGAAGUGAUACGAUUAGUCUCGUUCGUAUCGCAACUCACUUCAAACUGUUUGAAAAAAGGCGCGAAGCCGAAUAUAUCAAUAAUUUUGAAUUUUUACAUACUCAAAACUUAUUAACCUUAACAACCUUCAUAGUAACAAUGUUUAAACAGUGUAAACGAUUAUAAAUAUAUACCAGAACUGUCAUAAAGACGCCCAAUUAUAUACAGGAUUCUCAAAUUAAUGUAUAAGAUGUCCAAAUUAAUGUAUCGUUGUUAAAUUAAUGUAUUUAUUUCCUUGAAAUUAAUUUAAAUAAAAAUAUUACGUAUCUGACAUGUAAAGGAUAAAAUGAAAUAUUUGAAUUCUUUUCGUAAAAAGCAAAGACUCACAAGAGAAUAACAACAGUAAUGAUUAUCGUCUUUGAAAAUGACCGUUUAUUACGCAGCUGCGAAACUUACCCGAAACUCUCGCAAAAAGACAAAAGACUGCUUUAAAUAGACGCACAGUGGUAAAGUGCGUAAGUAGGCAGUUGCAACCGUAUACACUCGGUGGGUUCACACUUUUAAAUAAACUCUCGAUCUCCCCUCUUCACUUAACAAGAGAAACAGUUACAGACGAAUACCAGACAAUGUCCG